AUGGCAAACUCAAGUGAAUAUGAAAACAGCACAAGUGCAACUGACGUAACUUUAUGGAAUGCUUAUUCAACGAGCAUGGCAAUUAUUCUUGCAGGCAUCAAUAUUUUUCUCGCCAUCACCGCAUCUCUUGGCAACGCUCUGAUCCUGAUUGCUCUUCAUAAAGUGACGUCCAUUUUUCCACCAACAAAACUGUUAUUUCGAUGCCUGGCAGUCACCGAUCUUUUAGUUGGACUUAUCUCUCAACCACUAUAUCUAACUUUUCUCUUUCCGAAGUUUACAGCUUGGAAUGUGAAUGUCGCAAUUACGCGUGCAAGCGAGUUUUUCUUUUCUCUGCUUCCUGCGGUAUCCCUCCUUACAUCAUCCGCCAUCAGUGUGGACAGACUUCUUGCCCUGUUGUUAGGCCUGAGAUACAGACACACUGUAACAUUAAGGCGAGUUUGGCUGGUCAUACUUUGUUUUUGGUUGAUUAGUGCUCUUCAGGCUACAGGUAGCACAUGUUCAGAUGAAUGUCCCCAACUAGAUACUAUAGCCAAUACGUUAUUCGGUCCUUUAUUAAUGCUUUCCUUGCUAGUCUCAGUAUUCUCUUACGCGAAGAUAUUUAUAACCCUUCGUUAUCGACAAGUUCAGGUUCAUGGCAAUUCACAACAAGGACAGCGGCCAAAUGGAGGAGGGAAUCAACUGAACAUAGCUCGAUACAAGAAGACAGUGUACAGCAUAGCAUGGGUGCAGUUAGCUUUACUUAUUUGCUAUAUUCCAUAUAUCGUAUUACGGUUUUUAGGUCUUUUAGGAAUGCUUGAUAAACAACUCUCGACCGAAAUAUCUAUUCUUUUGGAAUUAUUCGUGACUCUCCUUUAUGUAAAUUCUUCUUUAAACCCAGCACUUUAUUGUUGGAGGAUCAAAGAUGUGAGACAAGAAGUGAAGAACAUCGUCCGCAAGAUUUUCCGCUGCUUUUAA